UAAGUGAGAAGGAGCUCAGAGCAGCAGAGAUGGGAGGUGGAGACCCUCUGAACUUCUGGGGACUGAUUCUGGUCGUCUUACCUGGUGUCUUGAGUGGUGACUGGAGUGUAAAGUAUCCAAUGAGUCCAAUCUGUGCUGUGAGAGGAUCUGCUGUGGUCAUUCCCUGUGAAUAUGAUUAUCCAUCAGGAUAUAGUGUGCAGGAUGUCAUGUGGUGUCAUAAUUCUGAGUGUCUUGGUCAGCCACCUUAUGUGUAUCAUACUGAUAAGACUGAAAUAAAAGCUGAGUACAAAGACAGGGCAGAGUACCUGGGGAACACAGAGAAAAACUGUACAUUAAAGAUAAAGGACAUUACAGGUACUGAUGCUGGAGUGUAUAGAUUCCGAUUGACAACUGAUAGGCAAGUGGGAAGUUGGACUGGACAGCCUGGAGUGACUCUUAAAGUUGAUGAACUCAAGUUGGUGAUGACAUCAUCUGGAGGAAAUGGUACAUUAAGAGAAGGAGACUCUGUGAAUCUGACAUGUGACACAGGGAACUGCUCUCACAGCCAAUUGGAAUUCACCUGGUUUAAGGACAACCAGCACCUGCCAGAGACUCAGUCCACACUUCAGUUUGAUCCUGUCUCCUAUCAUCACUCUGGAAAAUACUGGUGUGCUUUGAAAGGAUACAGGGAGACUGAGUCUGAUGUCAUCCUACUCAAUGUUCAGUCUAAAUCAAAUCCAACAUUUUUAUUCAUUGUUGUUGGGAUAUCCAUGGCCAUUUUAGCUAUUACUCUUGUAAUUAUCAUCUGCAUGAUGAAGAGGAAGACUACUUUACUGAGUGUGGAAGAUAACCAAGGAGGAAGAACCAAGGAAUGUAACAUUGUAUCUGCACAGAACUGUGCUACAGAUUCUCACAGUGAUAAUUAUGCAACGCUGGAUGUAAGAAACAGCUCACCCAACUACGAUACUCUUACGGUGGUGAAGUCUGCAGCCAAUGAGAGAAACCAUGUACAUCAGAAACCAACUAAUCAUCAAAUAUAUGAAAAUACAGUAUAUGGUGUAUAAGAGUGUAAGCGCACAGCAGGGGAAGCAAUGAAAUCAGGGAUCAAACUGAAACUUUGUGGUCUGAAAAUACUAGUAGUCGGAAUUCAUUUAUUGUUAUGUGUAUGUGCAUCUUUGUCAUGUGUCAUUCGGUUACAUCCGAUUUGAAAUGUACAAUGAAACCAACAAAUAGAUUUCCUGGUACGGGUGAAACUUAAAUUGACAUGUAGAUGUCCAACAUGAAAAAUGUUAUGCUAAUUGUGGCUUUGUAGUGCUUGUUAUGACUAAUGAAUUUAUUUGCCUCGUUCACAGUUUACUUCUCUGUGCCAAGCUUAGAUUUUUUGAAUUCUCAUGCCCCCUUUCUACAGAAUCUCCCCCUUUAAGGUGGAUAGGGAAGUUUUAAUUGACAUGGCUGGACUGCUGCAUUUUGCAUUAGUACCACAAGGGGGCAGUCCCAAAAUCUGAGAGGCUGUGGACUGGAGCCGAAAGCUGGGACUAGGAGGCAGUCUGUGCAAGAUGAUCAUGUAAAGAUUGCGCUUCCUUGCAUGUAGUAAUUGGCUGUGUUUGUUUUGGUCUCUUAUUGCUGCCUCGUCACCUGUGCCUCUGCAGACCUGUCAUCAAUAUAGAUUGGUAGGUUUUGUCCUUUACGGCACCCAGAUUUGGGUUGUAGUAUGUGAUGGAGUGUAGCCAGCACACUAAGUGUCUGUGCCUUGUUUAAUUAAACAAGUAAAAACAAAUUUGCCCUUUUCUGCUAUUCUGCGUUAUUCAGAACGCAGUAGCCAGCAUGGUCCCUGGAAAUGGAAGCAGCAGCGAUAAAGGGGACCAAUAUCACCUGGCGCCGCCUAGACUCUGUGCAGGACAUGAAACUGGUUCCAAAAAGGCGCUGUUCACGAGCGACA